AUGUCGCACAUUGAUUACGUUCUUUACGAGUCCCCUGUGGGCUAUGCCCUCUUCCAGGUGGUUCAUCAGUCCGAUGCGGUGGGAUUGAAAUUGAAGGAGACGCAGGCUGCCGUCAAUGAUCUCGCCAAGUUUGGCAAGAUGGUCAAAUUGACCAACUUCAGCCCUUUCCGUGGUCACGUUGAAGCCCUCGAAAACAUCAACCUCGUCUCAGAAGGCAUUAUGACCGAAUACCUCAAGUCCGUCCUCGAACUCAAUCUCCCCAAGACCGGCAAGAAGACCAAGGUUGUUUUGGGAGUCUCGGAGAAGAACUUGGCUGGUGCCAUCAAAAGCGAAUUCCCCGGACUGGAGUGCGAGACUGCCGACACCUCAGAUAUCGUCGGCGAUGUUAUCCGUGGUCUUCGCCAGCACGCCGACAAACUCCUGAAGGACCUGAAGCCUGGCGAUAUUGAGAAGGCCGGUCUGGGUAUGGGCCACGCCUACUCCCGAGCCAAGGUCAAGUUCAGCGUCACCAAGAACGACAACCACAUCAUCCAGGCUAGUGCCACCAUUGACUUCCAGGACAAGGGUGUGAACCAGUUCUUCAUGCGUGUCCGAGAGUGGUACGGCUGGCACUUCCCCGAGCUGAUCAAGAUCGUCUCCGACAACUUGACGUACGCCAAGCUCGUGCUUGUCAUUGGCGACAAGAAGACCCUGACUGACGACAGACUGCACGACCUUGCUGCCGUUCUGGGUGAAGAUGGCGAGAAAGCACAGGCUAUUAUUGAUGCUGCCAAAGUAUCCAUGGGUCUGGAUAUUGCUGCUGCCGAUCUGGAGAUUAUUGCUGGCUUUGCUGAGGCUGUUGUCAAGCAGGCUGAGAACCGCAAGACAACAUCUGCUUAUCUGGAGAAGAAGAUGGGCCACGUCGCCCCUAACCUGCAGGCCCUCAUUGGCACUCCUGUUGCUGCUCGCUUGAUCUCUCAUGCUGGUUCACUCACCAAUCUGUCCAAAUACCCUGCCUCAACUCUGCAGAUCCUUGGCGCUGAGAAGGCCCUCUUCCGCGCUCUCAAGAGCAAGAGCAACACUCCCAAGUAUGGUUUGAUCUACCACAGCAGUUUCAUUGGCAAGGCCGGUGUUCGCAACAAGGGUAGAAUCUCCCGAUAUCUCGCCAACAAGUGCAGUAUGGCUAGCAGAAUCGACAACUUUUCAGAAGAGCCCUCAACACGCUUUGGUGAGGCUCUGAGACAACAAGUCGAGGACCGCCUGGAGUUUUACGCCAGCGGCAAGAAGCCUGCUAAGAAUGCCGAUGUCAUGAAAUCCGUCAUGGCCGUUCUUGGCGACAGCGCAGACAAGGAUAGCGAUGACGACAUGGCUGAUGCCCCUGAGCCUGCCUCUGCUAAGAAGGAGAAGAAGGACAAGAAAGAAAAGAAAGACAAGAAAGACAAAAAGGAGAAGAAAGAGAAGAAGCGCAAGCGUGACGAAGAGGAAGCCGCUCCUGUCGAUGACAGUGCUGAGAAAAAGAAGAAGAAGAAGAGAAAGUCCAAGGCUGCUGAUGAGGAGUAG